GUCAAAUAGUUUGGCAUUUUAGCCCCUGACAAGUUCUGCCACACAUUUUUGUUCUGCCGGCGUCUUGCGAUUUCGGUUUGGAAUUAAUUUUUGUUUUUUAAUAUUAAAAUGAAGCUCGCUCCAACUGUAAAGUUGAACAAUGGGUACGAAAUGCCUAUAUUGGGACUGGGAACGUACCAGUUAAAGAAAUCACGUUGUGAGAAUGCUGUGCGCUAUGCUCUAGAGGCGGGCUAUCGGCUUAUAGACACCGCGUACCUGUAUCGCAAUGAAGGGCUGAUCGGGAAAGUUCUUAAAGGUCUAAUAAGUAAGAGGAAAAUACAGCGCAGUGAGGUGUUUCUGGUUACAAAGGUACCUUGGGACAUCUACCACGAGCCCGAGCGGGUGCGCUACGCGUGUGAGCUGCAAUUGAAGCUGCUCGGCGUUGACUACAUCGAUCUGUACCUGAUGCACUCGCCCGUUGGUGUGAAAUAUGUCACGGACGACGAUCUAAUGCCGCAUGAAGGCGACAAAUUGUGCACAAAUGCCGUGGACUUUGUGGACACCUACAAGAGCAUGGAGAGACUUGUCGACCUGGGACUAGUGCGAAGCCUUGGCGUGUCCAACUUUAAUAUUCUCCAAUUGGAAAGACUGUGGCAGAGCUGUCGUGUCAAGCCAGCGGCGCUGCAGAUAGAGUGUCACCCGGAAUUGAUUCAAAUGCCAUUGAUGGAGUUUUGUAAGGCUCGCGACAUCGCUGUAGUUGCCUACUCGCCUCUGGGUCGUCCCAAAUCCUGCCGAGCCUUGCCCUCAUUCUACACAGAUGCUCAUGUGCUGGCUAUCGCACAUAAAUAUGGCAAGACGCCUGCACAAUUGGCACUCAGAUAUUUGAUAGACAUUGGCACGCUACCCAUACCGAAGGCGGCUCAGGAGUUGCACAUUUCCGAAAAUCUGGAUAUCUUUGAUUUCUGCCUCACGCCGCUGGAACUCCAGCAGCUGGGAAAACUCAAUCGAGGGCUGCGCAUCUGGAAGUUUGUGAAAGCAAUAGAUCAUCAGCACUAUCCAUAUGAGCACUCACCUUUGUAAUGUAAUAAAUUCUCGUUCUGCUCAAAGUUGAUCGUGCCUUUCUUGGGCCAAACGCCUUUGCUCUGCGGCAUAUGCUCGGAUGUUGUUUUGAUGGGUGAAUUCACGCGACUCCGCUCGAUCCACUGUAGUCAGGCUGAAACGUACGCGCCCUCUUCUUAGGAAGCGCACUAUUGCAUUCCAUAUGCGCCGCACAAAGCACAUUUCAGCUACCUGUUGAUUAAUGGUA